CUCUGCAGUCAGCUCGGUUCCUCUCUAUCCUGCGCGCCACGCCGCUGAUAACCUGACUUCACGAGAAUAUGACGUUGGUAUUGAUAGCAAUCCUGUGGUAACCCCUACGGCUGUGACUUCAGGGCCCAGCCAUGCUUGGGCAUAACUUCUGUGUCGUGCUCAACUAUCAUGUAACUUUAUGCAUUUCCCUUUUUUUUUUUUUUCUUUGCCGUCUUCUUUCUUACAUUAUACUUCCCCCUUCUGCUGUCCCCUACCUCAACCACCGCCUUGUAAAUAUGGCCUUAAACGCCUCUCGCCUUUCUCUAUAAUCCUCUUCACAUUGCGAAUUUUCCUUUUUUUUUUUCCUUUUCUCAAAUACAAAAGAAAGGUUAUGACCUCCGCCUUCGUUGCAAUUGGAAACUCUCAAGUAUGAAAAAUUUAGUAAUGCUUGC